GGGGACGGCGGGGCCCGGGGAACGGGGCCGGAGGGGAGCGGGCGCCCCCGGCCGCCUCCCCGGGGAUGCUCCGGGCCCCGGGAGAGCCCGUGCCGGGCAGAUUUCCUUAUCCGGGGAUCGCAGGCCACCUCGCCAUUGGCCCGCGCUGUCACAUGGACUCCAACUUUGUUCACUUGACAAAAUUAAUGGCCAUGAGCUCGUUUUUGAUCAACUCCAACUAUGUGGACCCCAAGUUCCCACCCUGUGAAGAGUAUUCCCACAGCGAUUACCUUCCCAAUCACUCGCCGGAAUAUUACAGCAGCCAGAGGCGAGAGAGCACUUUCCAACAUGAAGCGAUGUACCAGCCGCGGUCAGCAUGCAGCGAGCAGCUCUACCCGUCCUGUCAGAGCUCCGGGCACCAAGCAGCGGUGUUAUCCCCCCGGGGUCAUGUCCAUCCUCCGGCCGGACUGCAGAGCCAUCUCUCUGAGCCAAACCAUCCCUGCGAGCCGGGCACCCCCAGCCCUCCACCCUCCUGCAGCCAAAACUCUCUGAACCAAAGCCCUUCCAAUUCCUCUUGCAAAGAGCCGGUAGUUUACCCCUGGAUGAAAAAAGUCCAUGUAAGCACGGUAAACCCCAAUUAUUCAGGAGGGGAACCGAAACGUUCGCGCACAGCCUACACCAGGCAGCAGGUCCUGGAGCUGGAGAAGGAAUUCCACUAUAACCGCUAUCUCACCCGGAGGCGGAGGGUCGAAAUCGCCCAUUCUCUGUGCCUCUCCGAGCGCCAGAUCAAAAUCUGGUUCCAGAACAGGAGGAUGAAAUGGAAGAAAGACCACAAGUUACCCAACACCAAGAUCAGGUCCAACCCUUCCAGCUCCUCCGCCAGCCUGCAGAUCCCACCGGCAGCUUCUCAAAGCCGAUCCAGCGGACCAGCCAGCAGCCUAUAACUAUUCCCUGUAUGGACGGGGUGUGCGUGCUCGUGGGUGUGAUUGUGAGUGUGAGUGUGUGUAGGGAACACGGGAGAAUAGUGGGGUUUUUUUAAUGCUCCGAGAAGCGAAGGAAGGAGGGGGGCUUUUUUUAUUUAUAAGGGGCAACAGGGAGAGGCUCAGCUCCAACAAAGCAGAGCCGUGCUGCUGUGCCCCUCUUCCAUUAGAAGAAGGCUGUAGGUAGUAGUUUUCAGAUUUGGCUAAGAUGGAUCCUUGUUUCAUCUUUAAUCACGCCAAGCUCUGCCCCAUUUGUCAUGUUUACUCUCCCGUACAAAGGAUGGACCUUAUGUCUGCUAUUACCUCGACAACCAGCGUUCACUUUAAUAAAUGAGGCUCAGUUUCUUCAAGACGAACUGGAUUUUCCCCCCAGACCCCCUUCUUCCCCCCCCUUUUCCUUUUUUUUUUUUUUUUUCCCUCUUUUUUCCUCUUUUUUCCCCCUUUCUCGCCUACCGAAUGUUUUUAACCCAGAUAUCCCAAAGAUCCUCGGUGGAGAAAACCAACAGAACCGACAGCAAAAUUCCCCGGAGUGCAGAUGGGGAACGGAGCUCUCGGACAUCGGGGGGGGGUGGGGGGGGGGGGGAGGUGAGAGAGAGGGACCCCCUGGAUAAAGAAAUACCCCUAAAAUUAGGUCAAGUGGGUGGUGGACAAAGAAACCGAGAUUGGCCACUUCAGCGGGACCCCCCCGCGCCGUUUUUGAGUCCAGCAGGUUAAUUGCUUCACUUGUAAGACUGGGGAGAAAAGGGGGUGUGGGAGGGGGGGAGACGGGAAAGCAAAGAAUUUAGGUUAGGAACGUGGCGAUACGAGGCGGCACCUGAACUCGGCCCUGCGGCCCGGCUGGUGGUGGAGGGGGGGGGGGAGGGGGGGAGGGGGGGAAGCCCCUCUCCCCCUCUCAGCCCAUUUUUCGUACUGAGAAUGUGAAUUUCAGACCCCCGGCGCACGAGGUGGGGAGGGUGGAGGAGGGGGGGUCGUCUCUCUUCGGGUGAGCGGGUGGGGAAAGGGGGGCUCUGCUGAGGCCCCCCCCCCCCCCCGUCCUGGCCGCCUCCAUUACCUCCUAUUGUCCUUUGCGAUGUCCACGAUUAAGUGUAAAUAGCCGAGAAAAGCCAAAAAGAAGUUAAAAAAAAAAAAAAACAGAAAAAAAAGCGCAAUUGGAAAUAAAUUUGUGUUUUCUUUUUCUUUGUGAAACCGA